AUGGCGGCCUCCCGCGCCGAGAGCUCGCCCAAUCAACCGCGCCAACAGCCCCCACGUAGCUGUGGUGGGCAGGAAGGAGGCCCUUCAGUCUGUGCCCGCGCUGCCCGGGCCGAGAAAGCCGGGAACGGCACUCCGUGGGUGCCUUGGGGCACGUGGGGCGGCCUCACGGGUAAGGGCAGGCCGGCCGGAGCCAGCGGCCGGCCAUCUCGGGGGCGCUCAGGAGCGCGCGCGAGGCAAGGCCGAGCAGGCCCGGGCCCAAGUUCUCCCCGGAACCGCCAAGACCCACAAACACAGCCCAAAGUGCACGGAACCGGAGGCGACGGCCCACCAACCUCGCGAGGCACGGAUUCCUCACGCCCCGAAACGCCAACGCGGGACCUCCGGGGGACCGGAAACAGGCAGACGGGCGCUCGGGACCCUCGGGCCGCCACGAGGAGGAAGCGAGGCGCUCGGCUCGGGCCGGGCGUGGGCGGAGGGCGGAGUCGCCCCUCCCCGCCUCGGGGAACUCCGGGCGCCUCCAGCCACGUGAGGCGCCGCUCUCCCCUCUCAGAGGAAAAAAAAAACUGCACCGUGCGGCCCGGGGCCCGCCGCGGCCGAGAGACGCUCCACCCCAGCCCUACCCCAAGUACCCGGCGGCGCGGCGUGGGGGGCCGCGUGCGAGCCGGCCGGGGUCUCGGCCCUCAGCCGGAGCCGCGCCUUCUCUCUCGGCGUGGGCCCCGCGGCCCGGCGCCCCCCGGAGUCGACUCCGGAUCCCGCCGCCGCCGUCCCCCCGCCCCGCCAACCGCGGCCACGCGGCCCGUCCCCCGUCUGAAACGCACUCCGACUCCGGCCCCCAAACCUGAGCCACGCGGUCCCCGGCUCCCUGAGCGGCCUCCGCACGGCCCCGGGUGUGCGGCCCCGACGCGGGCCCCGUCCCCUCUCGGCCCGAACCCCCACGCCCGCGGCCCAACGCCCGACGGGCCCGGUCGCCAGCCCACCCGGUUGGCGGCCCUCACCUCGGGCUCCUUGUCUCCACGCUCCCACUCACAUCCGGAACCUCGCCGGCCCUCAGAGCACCUAGAGGAGGGUGGAACCCCGGGGACUUGGCAGUUGUAG